UUAAGCCAUGCCUUGCCUUGCCUUGUGGUUCUUCUACUCUGUCUGAGACUCUCCUCCUCCUCCUCCUCCUCCUCCCUGGCUAGCUACUACCUAGUAGUGGUCUUUCCUUUCAUUUCACAUUUCAUAUUUCAUAUUUCAUAUUUCAUAUAUAGGCAGCAGCAGCAGCAGCAGCAGCUGGUGUCUGGUAUAUGUUAGUAGCGUACCAUAACCAUUGGGAAGUAGAGUAGAGAUGCAAAGUCCCCCUGCAAACUGCAUCCAAUCUUUGCUUUACUUUCUGUCCAUUCUUAGCUGUUUAUGAAGGUCAACCUUAAUUUCAUAUGCUUCCUUUCACUCUCUCUUUCUCUACCAGGCUACCAGGCUACCAGGCUAACAGCUGCUCACUCUCACUUCAAUUUCAGUUCAAAACUUUUGCAUAUAAAUAUAUAGGAGGAAAGGAGUGAUCCAACUUUUUAUGUGAUCCUGUAAUUCCUAGCUAAGCUACGUUCUCCUUCCUUAACCUCAGCUGAAACAUUUUUCAUCAAGUGGCAGGCAGACAUUUCUUCUUCUCUUGAGUCUUGAGUCUUGAGUCUUGAGUCUUGAGUCUUGAACCUUGAGGUAUACAAACCAGCAAUUAUAUUUUUUUAAUGCUGAUUUAGGAACCCUCCCUUUUGUUGUCUCUCUCAUCCACCUCUUCUUUGUAUAGUAUAGCGUAUCCAAAUUCCAAGUCCCUGUUUUAAAAUGGCGGUUUUAGAUGCUAUUUCGGGUCUCUUUUGUUGAGCAGGAGCAGAGCAUGUGGUUUUUGACACAUUCAUGCUUGUUUCUUUCUUUCUUUCUUUCUUUCUUUCUUCUUCAUAGCAUUAAUCUUCCACAAGUUUAUUAGACUUGAUUGAAUUUGAAUUUCUCAAAUUAUCUCAAGACCGGUUUGUUUUGAAUUUGGGAGAGAAAGCAAUCGGAUCAGGAAACAUGACGGGGGAUGUGUUGAAAAGAGCAAGAUUGGAAACAGCAAUCUGGGCUGCAAAGCUGUUACUGCUUUGUGUAGGGACAGUCUCCACUUUGGUAUUCUUCAAAGCGGCAAUCAUUCCUUACCUUCUGAAUCUCACUGUUUCCAUCGUUCCCCAGCUAUGGACCUCUUUCAAAAGCUGCUUCUUAUCUCCACUUUACAUCUACAUCAUCCUCAACUUCAUCAUCAUCACCAUUGCUGCCUCCUCCACAUUCCAAAACCAAAAGCAACACCAGCAGCCCUCCUCCUCCUCUUCUUCUUCUUCUUCUUCUGUAGGCUUCAGCUCCUUCAUUAGUGACAAUGCAGCCAAAACCGCCGACAAUAUUGACAGUGGUAGCAAUUAUAUCAAUAGUCCAGACAACAACAACAGCAGCAUCCAAUCCGAGUCUCUGUCCCAGCAGCAACAGCAGCAGCCCAAAAUCCAAAGUCAUUCCAAAGACACAAUCCAAAGUCUUUCCAAGGAGGAUGUAACUGCUCUAUUAUUUUCUCCGUCCUCUCAUGGCCACCCGAAUAAUGAAAUGAUGAGCUGGCAUGACGUACACAUAGUACAAGCUGAUGAUGGCAAACAAGAAGCAGCAGCAGAAGAUGAUGAUGAUGAUGAUCAGGGAUUUGACCCUUCACCGGAAAUGCCCUCCGGCGACUUGUUGACGAAAUCUGUGGAGAUGCCGAGGCUGGAGGUGGAGGUGGAGGUGGGAGAGGAUAUUAACACACUGGACACCACAUGGAAGGCCAUCAUGGAGGGGCAAGGCAAGGCAAUUGGUAAGCACCUAAAAAAGAGUGACACUUGGGACACCCCUCCUCGCUUAACCCAAUUGGCCCUGACAAGGACUAAAUUCAAAGGGGGUGCUGACCAUCAAUUACAAUUACAUCACUCUAACUUAGAUGGUGAUGAUGGUGAUAAUGAUGAUGAUGUUCAUGGAGAGGAUGAUGCAGUGACAUGGGCUCGUCGGGAGCUGAAGAAAUCAGACACUUUUAGCGACAGGGUGUCGUUGAGAAGGGAAAAGUCCAUGACUCAGGAAGAGUUGAACCAGCGAGCAGAGGCGUUCAUCAAGAAGUUCAACAAUGACAUGAGGCUUCAGAGGCUAGAAUCUGAUCAACGCCGUUUCAGGGAGAUUGUGAACGGUGGCCUCUAGCUUAGCUUCUCUUAAUGAUAUAUAUAUAUAUAUAUAUAUGCUUAUUAAUUUUGGUGUGUUUGUACUUUGUUCAUCUUCUUGUAAAUGCAAAUUUUGUGUGUUGUUGUAUGCUGUAACCUAUAGACUAUAGACUAUAGUAUAGUUUGCUUGCAAGUAGUAAACUAAAUAGAUGUAGAAGUAGAACAAACAAGGACUAUGAGAGAUUCUCAGAAUCAACUUUGAAGGUACAUCACAUUCACACUCCUAUCACUGGUUUCAUGCAGUUAUUUUCGUAUAAGUUUUAUCAGUAGAGCUCAGAGUCAGAGCUCUCAGCUGUGAAA